AAGCGUCACAACUUCCUUUCAACACCACCCAGUAUUGAAAACAUUUAACAUUCAUAAUAGUAAACAACAGAAGUGGUACAUUAUAUAGAAUUACAACCUAGGAAGGAAGAAUAUUCUUAAAUGGUUUAAUGGAAUCCAGGAAUGAAAAACAAAAUGACGAGCGUUCACUGUUUUAGUAGUAUCCUCAUGUUGUUGUUGGUCGAAUCUUUUACAGAUUUAGCUCAAAGUGCUAAAGUUAAAACGAAGUGCAAGGAUCCAGGAGUUUCCCCCGAUGGUGAAAGAAAGGGACGAUGUUGUUUUACAGGAAAUCAGUUAAUAUUCUCCUGUAAGAAAGACUUUGAUCUUGUGGGGAAUCCUCUUCUUCAAUGUCUUCCAAGUGGAGCCUGGUCUAGUCCUCGUCCAUUAUGCAAACCUAAGAACGCCACAAUAUGCCCAUCUCCGCCGAAAAUAUCCAAAGUCAUUGAGACCUCAUGGAAAUCAGGAGAUUAUUACUUGGCUGAUGAUGAAAUCGAAAUGUACUGUGAUACGGGUUACCGUCUGUUAUCUGGUUCUGAGUAUUUAUACUGUAAAGAAAACGGAGAAUGGGAUUCUGAGUUUCCUGUGUGUGGAGUAACUGAAUGUAAAGUACCAGAAGGCCUGGAAAAUGGAAACAUCAACGAACUACAGGAUACUAAUCUGACCCUCGUCUCUCAAAAUUUUGAACUAAACUUCAUCUGCAAUCAAAAUUAUCGACUUAUUGGGAUCUCAUGGGUGAAGUGUACUUAUUUAGGAUGGUCCAGUGUUUUACCAACCUGCCAGCUCAUUACUUGUCCUGAUCCAGGAGUUCCAGAAAAUGGAUUAAGAAAGGGAGCUGCACCAUUCAACAUUGGCGACCGAGUGACCUUUUCUUGCUUCCCGCUUUAUAAAAUAAUCGGAUCAGAAGAAAGAAUCUGUUUAGGCAAUGGAAGAUGGAGUGGAAUUCUUGCCAGUUGUAACCACCCAAACUAUUACUGUCCUGAUCCUGGUGUCCCAGUCGGUGGAGUUAAAUCAGGAAGUUCGUACAACUUAAGAGACACCGUUCACUUCUUUUGUAAGCCCGGUUAUAGCUUGAUCGGAUCGUCAAACAGAACUUGUCAAAUGAACCACACGUGGUCAGGAGAACAGGUGUUUUGUUUAGAGCCUUACUACAGUGACAGUCCUACAGAUGCUCUUGCUCGUUUAACUAACUUGUUGGACGAAAAAGAAAAGGAACAAAAACAGGUCUCCAAUAUAUCAUUAAGGAAUACCUUCAAAGCGUCAUCCAACAAUAAUUUCAAAAUGUCGGCCAACAAGAUCUCCAAAAUCUCAUUAAGGAGUAUCUUCGAAGCGUCAUCCAACAAUAAUUUCAAAAUGCCACUCAAAAGGAUCCUCAAAAUGUCACCCCGACUACAACCGAGAAGGCGAAGAAUUGAUCUCAACUUUCCCGGACGCUUAGUAACAUAUUUCGUCUUUGAUGCUUCCGGAAGUGUUGGAAGGAAGUAUUUCAGUUCAGCUAUUAAGUUUGCGAAAGGCCUAGUGACACGUAUGGGCGUCAAGGAAUCGGGAACAAGAUUUGGAGCGGUCAGUUUUAGUUCAACCGUGUCAGCCUCUUUUCUUCCACAAGAUUAUACUACUGAAGAAGAGGUUCUGAAUGCUUUAGAUCAAUUUCAUUUUACAGAGGGUGGGACAGCUAUAAGCUCGGCCCUGGAUUUUGUUAAGACCCAGAUGAUUCCGCUGUCGAAACAUACCUUUGUCGAUCGAGCAAUGAAGACCAUCAUAUUCCUUCUGACAGAUGGUAAGUUG